AUGUCCCAAAUACAGCCAGUCGAUUGGGACGCAAUAGAAGAUGCCACCGAUACACCAUCACCGCAAGAUCAUACCGACACACAAUUCCCCCAGGUCCGCUACAGCCUCAUUGGCCCUUCGAACAAAGAUGACGCUACCUGGCCUGCUUUGGAUCGCAAAGCAGAAGAGCUCACAUUUCAUUUCAGCGACUUCAACGACUUGUUUGUUGAGUUCAUAAGCAAUAUCAAGCGCAAGAUCGAGGAAAUCGAAAGAUCGCUAGAAGAUAUUCCGAAAUUACUCGACAAUGAGGGCAAAUGGUGGGGAACAACGAACAUCUUCUCACCCGAUCUUACGUGCAACUCUAUACGCCGGCUGCAGGAGCUUAGUGUACCUGAGUUCUUUGACUACGUCGAAUGCGUAGGCAAAUAUAUGCACAUAUAUCGAAAAUUGUAUGAUGAGUAUCAGACCGAAGACCAGCUCAGUUGA